AUGGCGUGGGCUACUUGCAUGAGGGAUUGGCUUUUUCGCCAGGUUUCAUUCGAUUUGUUGUGGAUUGGCGACACUGAUCAAGAUAUAGUAAAGACAUUGUUUGAAACUGGAUGGAUUCAAGUGUGUGUAAUGAACAGCACAAUGUAUUGGGGAGUACCACUAUCUGCACAUUUGGUGGUGAUCAUGGGAACACAGUACUAUAAUGGUAGGGAAUAUGCUUACACUGAUUAUCCAGUCACUAAUUUGUUGCAGAUGAUGGGUCAUGCCAGUCGGCCUCUUGUAGAUAUCUCUGGGAAGUGUGUCAUCCUCUGUCAUGCACCACGCAAGGACUACUACUACAAGUUCUUGUAUGAAGCAUUCCCAGUUGAAAGCCAUCUGCAAUACUAUCUCCACGACAGUUUGGAUGCUGAGGUCGCUACUGGAGUUAUUCAGAACAAAAGGCUGACACAUAAUCCAAAUUACUACAAUCUGCAUGGUGUUAGUCACAGGCAUCUGUCUGACCACCUAUCACAACUGGUGGAUAAUACUAUCAGUGACUUGGAGGCAAGCAAAUGUAUCACAGUUGAGGAUGCCUUUUUGCUUUCACCUUUGAAUCUUGGCAUGAUAGCAUCAUAUUAUUGUAUCAGUUGCACGAGUUUUAGCUCUUCUAUGACCUCCAAAACGAAGUUGAAGGGCUUGCUGGAAAUAUUGGCUUCAUCAUUGGAGUAUGAACAGUUGUCUAUACGACCAGGUGAAGAGGAGUUGAUAAGAAGGUUGAUUAAUCAUCAGCGUUUCUCUUUUGAGAAUCCAAAGUACACAGAUCCAAACAUGAAGGUUAAUGCUCUUCUACAAGCCCAUUUCUCUAGGCAAGUGGUGGGUGGAAAUCUUGCUUCUGACCAGCAGGAGGUGCUUGUUUCUGCUACUAGGCUGCUUCAAGCACUGGUUGAUGUUAUUUCCAGCAAUGGAUGGCUGAGUCUAGCAGUUCUAACAAUGGAGGUGAGCCAGAUGGUGACUCAGGGUAUGUGGGAAUGUGACUCUAUUCUUCUCCAGCUUCCACACUUCACAAAGGAAUUAGCACAGAAAUGCCAAGAAAAUCCAGGAAAGAGUGUUGAGACAGUGUUUGAUUUAGUGGAGAUGGAAGAUGACGAGAGGCGUGAGCUCUUGGAAAUAUCAGACCUACAGCUGAUGGAUGUUGCACAGUUCUGUAAUUCGUUGCCAAACAUUGAUUUGACAUAUGAUGUGCUUGGCAGUGAUAAUCUGAAGGUAGGAGACAAUGUAAGCGUGCAGGCAACAUGCCACCCGCAACACCCUAUUCCCUGCAUGUAUCUGUUUCUGUCUGUAUUCUUGGUUGAAUGCCCUCCUGCAGAAGCACAACCCCUAUUCCCUGCAUGCAACAUGCCACCCGCAACAUGGGUACGCCAAAUGAUUUGCCAGGACUUGUCUACACAUUUUCCUUAA